GCGGCGCUGCGAGCGCCCGUUGGCGCGAGGAGAUGCAAGAGUGCGCCCGCCGUCGGCAUCAUGCGCCCCGCGCCCGCGCUGGCCCUGGCCGCUCUCUGCCUGCUGGCGCUGCCCGCCGCCGCCGCCGCCGCCACCUACUUCGGCCUGACAGGGCGUGAUGUCCUGACACCCUUCCCAGGCCUGGGCACAGCGGCAGCCCCGGCCCAGGCUGGUGCCCACCUGAAGCAGUGUGACCUGCUGAAGCUGUCCCGGAGGCAGAAGCAGCUCUGCAGGAGGGAGCCUGGCCUGGCUGAGACCCUGAGGGACGCGGCACACCUGGGGCUGCUGGAAUGCCAGUUCCAGUUCAGGCAGGAGCGCUGGAACUGCAGCCUGGAGGGGAGGACCAGCCUGCUCCAGAGAGGCUUCAAGGAGACAGCCUUCCUGUAUGCAGUGUCCGCAGCUGCCCUCACGCAUGCACUGGCCCGGGCCUGCAGUGCUGGGCGCAUGGAGCGUUGUACCUGUGAUGACUCUCCAGGCCUGGAGAGCCGGCAGGCCUGGCAGUGGGGUGUGUGUGGUGACAACCUGAAGUACAGCACCAAGUUCCUAAGCAACUUCUUGGGGCCCAAGAGAGGAAGCAAGGACCUACGAGCCCGAGCCGACGCCCACAACACCCAUGUGGGCAUCAAGGCUGUGAAGAGUGGUCUGAGAACAACCUGUAAGUGCCACGGUGUGUCCGGCUCCUGUGCGGUGCGUACCUGUUGGAAACAGCUGUCCCCGUUCCGUGAGACCGGCCAGGUGCUGAAGCUACGCUACGACACCGCUGUCAAGGUAUCCAGUGCCACCAAUGAGGCUUUGGGCCGUCUGGAGCUAUGGGCACCUGCUAAGCCAGGUGGGUCUGCCAAGGGCUUAGCACCUCGCCCCGGGGACCUGGUCUACAUGGAAGAUUCUCCCAGCUUCUGCCGGCCCAGCAAGUACUCCCCAGGCACGGCUGGCAGGGUGUGUUCUCGGGACGCAAGCUGCAGCAGUCUCUGCUGCGGGCGAGGCUACGACACCCAGAGCCGCAUGGUGGCUUUCUCCUGCCACUGCCAGGUGCAGUGGUGCUGCUAUGUGGAGUGCCAGCAGUGCGCCCAGCAGGAGCUUGUGUAUACCUGCAAGCGCUAGGUCUCCACCAGAUGAGACUGCGGUACUGCCCAGGCUCCCACUGCGCAGGACUCCCACCACGCAGGACUCCCACCGCGCAGGACUCCGGCAAGCACUUACCUGCCGAUGUACACGCCGCGCACAAGGGUGUGCCACUCAUUUCUCUUCCCCAACAGAUCAUGGGCCCGCCUUCUGCUUUCCUCCCCAUUCAGCAGAGAGAAACAAAGCCCUGCCUCUAAGUCCCAGGAUUACCAAUCUGGUUGAGGACUUGGGGCAGCAAACACACUGAGAAGAGAGGGAAAUAUAUGAGGAUCUGGGUAGGGCAGGAACGAGACUAUGCCAGAAGAGAGAAACUUCUUCCUGUCAACAAAAGCUGGGAGGAUCCGGAAGAGGAAGGCAGAACCAGCUAGAGUGUGUGCAUGCACAGCAUCCAACUGAAACAUGGCCAAUCUGUGUGGCCCCACUCUGAUGACAGAGAGCUCUGGGUGCCACAUGCCUGCCCUGCUUUCGAAGGGAGGCACUUUGAGCACUGGAGACUGUUCAGAAUGUUUAUUGGGAGCAAGGAGAGCAUUUUGGGCGUGGGUGGAUCAGGUCACAGAGCCCGUGCCCUGAAGUCUUGUGUCCUGGACUCAAGGCUGCCUCUCGGUCUCCUUGUCUUGAGAGCCAAGUCCCCCACAGCCACUCAGCUCUGCUCAGUGAGACCCCUAAUGCACAUAAGAAGGGCACAGGAGCCAGUCUCCACGGUGGGACUUGGAUAAUGCAACUAGGGUUGAGUGGGGGAGACAGUGGCCCUUUCUCUUUUCCUUGGUGGCCACAGGAACUUUUAAUUACAGCCCAGAGGAGGAGAGGCAGUGUCCUGAUGCCUGGAAGAGAUACGGCAGGCUCUGUAUUGAAACACCACCCCGGAGUGUGUUCUGCCAAUUCCCUGUGACCAGGGUCUCCCUGAGCUGCGAGGCCCCCUUACAUGUUAGUGAUACAACGGUUGGCUCAUGAACCACAAGUCUGCUUGCUUCCCAGCCUCAGGAUGCUUAUGCAGGCUUUUGCCCCGGCUAAGUCUUUGCUAAGCCUGACUCCUCAGUGGUCCCUUUCCUUUACUAAUGGCCCCUUCACUUGGGCUCCUACCAGAGGAACAGAAUGACUAUUGAUGGAUCAAGUGGCUAUUUUUAAUGUCCCCCACCAAGGUCCCCUGUGAAGGAAGAGAAACUAGUGCUCAGGUACAGGCUAUACAGAUGCACACACACAGCCUGGCCAGGCACAGGCUCCCCGUGACGCUGCACACAUCUCUCCAGCCCAGGACAAAGACCUCACUGGGGUCACUCUGCUGGAGUCUGUAUACUUCCCCAGAGCAGGGCCCAAGGCCAGCCAGGAGGAAGUGACCUCUUUUGGGAAGCCUGUAGCCACUUGGCUGGCUGUGCUGAGCCCUCCUAUAAGCUUCCUUCUGUUCUGAACCCUGUCGGGGUUACUAUCCCUCUGCGGGAACAGGAAGCUUCAGAAUCAGUGGGUGCUCAGCGGACAUCACCCACACCAGCUCCAGGAAGGAGGCUCUCCAGCCCAGAGGGGGCCACCCUAUCUUUGGUGGCUCAGGCCAGUGUGAGGAUGCUGGAAGGAUCUUUGAUGGCAGAAGCUCCAAGGAGGAGCCACAGUGACCUGAGACCCUUCCCUGGAAUGACUUUACUGACUAACUAAAGAAGCCCACCCACAGUUUGGCAGGAGGGGAAACAUAGACUGAAGGCUGGUUUUCUACUUCCCUGCUGAAGGUUGACUUGUUCCUUGGUAACCUGAGGCAUCCCUCUCUUCUGUGAUCCCUACUCCUGCUCUCCCUGGAGGCUACACAGGCAAGAAGGGAUCCCAAACCAACUUGGGGACUAGAACCUUCUGACCUACAACCAUACUACGUGGUUAGGAGGGCUGGGGGUGCAGAAGGGUCAAAGUCGACCCGAAGCCUAGGCUGUGGCGGCCAUUAACCCUGGUGCCCCAGGGCACCCAAAGUCUGAUCCUCUCCCUCCUCUUUUCUUUCUCCAAGGUCCAUCUCUUCCUGUUCCCCCUAAAAUCCCACCGCAGUCCUGCUGGGGCCCCCCAGACUGGAACUUUAAGGGAGAUGUUCACAGGGUAUUUCUGCCUACCUCAUACAUAUAGUUUUUAGGAAAUAAUUUAUAUAGCUAAGAUAUAUGGGAAAGUAUUUAUGUUAUUUAUAUAGCUUCUCUAUUUCUUGGGCACCAUUAUGUGGGGUUCACACAUUUACCCAGAAUCUUCUGGGGAAACACAGCUGGGUCAGCCGGGGGUGCUUGCAGACUUGGAUACCAGAGAGCCGAGGGAGGUCACAGCUCCUGUAUCUCAUGGAAGUCUGUCCUGGAGCUCUGGAGCAUACGUCCCUCCUGAGAUGACCUCGUGAGACUGAGCAGAAUCUUUCUUGUGAAGUCUGCAGAUUCUCUGCCUCUGGGCCCCAGGGGCAUUUCUGCCCUGUUCACAGGGUUUUUCUCCUAAAGGACAAAAAAGGAUGGGCACUUUCCAUUUUUGGAAACACUCUUUACUUUCCCUGAUUUCCCCAUUUUCCCUGUGUGGUUAUGUUAGGUGAGCCCAAACUACUGUACCCAUUUUCCAGUUUUGGCCCAGAGAUGGAGGCCUGUGCUCAAAGUCACACAGAAGAGAACAGUGAGGGAAUACUGACUUGAACAUGUCCCAGGAACUGGGAGAGUGGUCCUACUCUAGACCUGAGAGCCAAAGCAAACAGUCUCACUUGGAACCUAGAAACUAAGGGAGGUCCUUGCUGUGCAUGACCCUGGCCUUCCCCUUGGAUGACAUGCUAGUUUCUCCAGCAAGCCAAGUCGCAGGACUGGGAUUUCCUGAGAAGCCUAGAGAGAUGAAGACUCCACGGAAGUCAGUCUUGGGAGUCCUGCAGUCCACAUCAACUAAGAUGACCAGGCUAUAGCACCCAGCCCGUGGAUGAGUUUUGUUUGCUUUCUUUUGUGUUUUUUCCUUUUAAAAAUGAAUUGUUUCCCACUGGAUUUCUAAUUUUUCUUUGAAAAUCAGUUGCACUGGCAAAUGGGACUUACAUCCUGACUCACUGCAUUGGGAGCCACACCAGACAGAAUGCAUGGGGAUCCCCAACUGGCCCAGUGUCCCCUGCCCUUUCUCAAGUUAUAUAUGCUCCCAUCUGGCUUUCAUGGGCAUGCAGAGCGUGGCCCCUGGCCUAGACAAAGCCAGCUGUUCCGGCCCCCUCUGUUGUCUGACAGACGGAUGAUCGCACAGACUGUACCAGCCUUGAAGAUGUCUUACUCUCCAGUGUCCUCUCUCAACGACCAUGAACUUCCCGUGCUUUCUGUCUGAGCACAUAGGAGAACUGUUACAGAAGCCCCUCUUUGUCAAGUGCUGUUGCACAUCCCACCCACCUCCCCGCAACUAUUUAGGGAGCUCCUAACGAAUGCCAGGGAGACACUCUUGGUGGUAGGAUGCCGCAGUGCUUAAGAGCAAAUCCCAGCCUCAUGGGGCUGAUGUGCUGGAGAGCAGAAAGCUAGCAAACUAAUAAACUAUG